ACACAGCAAAGCACAUCAUCUCUCUCGCACAUAAUCACAUGUAUGUACCAACUCGGUCAAAAAGUCACCUCCUUUUUUAUAUAAGAAACCCAAACUCUCCGCACAUCUUGCUCUCUUCUCUCUCUCUCUCAUAAUCACACAAACCAUAUUCAUUCACCAUGGGAAGAUCUCCUUGUUGCGAGAAAGCCCACACAAACAAAGGAGCUUGGACCAACGAAGAAGACCAACGUCUCAUCGACUACAUCCGUAUUCACGGUGAAGGUUGCUGGCGUUCACUUCCCAAAUCCGCAGGUCUCACAAGAUUGUUACGGUGUGGUAAGAGUUGUAGAUUGAGAUGGAUUAAUUACCUUCGUCCUGAUCUCAAACGUGGCAAUUUUUCUGAUGAAGAAGACAAAGUUAUCAUCAAACUCCACAGCUUACUCGGCAACAAAUGGUCUUUAAUCGCUGGAAGAUUACCAGGAAGAACAGACAAUGAAAUUAAAAAUUAUUGGAACACUCAUAUUAAAAGGAAGCUUCUUAGCCACGGAAUCGACCCACAAACUCAUCGUCCGAUCAAAGAUUCCGAAACGGUGCCGUCUCAGUUAUCAACCGCCGUUAUUGUUCCACCUCAGAACGACGCCGUUGAAAAGUCUUUUACCGUCAGACAGAAGACGGAAAAUUUCUCCGAUAACGUAGCAUCCACAAGCGGCACGACGACUGAUGAGGAUCUCCAGCAGAACGGUGGUUGUUAUUACAAUGAUUAUUCAGGAGACAGAGAGUUGAAUCUGGACUUAACUCUUGGGUCCGGGUCAACUUCUUUCGUCAGGUCGGGUCGGAAAAGUGGAACCGGAUCAUCAGCAGAUUCAAAGCCGGGGCGGGUUCCAGUGAUGGCGGCGCGUUUGUCACUGUUGUGAUUAUUACUUCAGUUUCUUGGCCUUUUGUUUUAGUUUUUUUCAUAUACAUUUACCUUUUAAAGGCUUUUAUUGGAAAAAGUAUCACCGUUGUGGUAAGAACUAAAGAAGUUUACCGUUCUUUCUUAGCAAUAUCAAUCGGUACGAUUGGUGCCGUGCAUAGUGUGUAUCAUUCUUUUAUUAUUCUUUCUAACU